AUGCUCAGGCAGUUGCUGUCGGUACCGAUGCUCGCGAGACGGCUGCCGCGGAACCUCUCGCGCCUUCGCAGCUUCGUGACGGCUGCGUCGAGUUGCCAUGGUGGCACCGAGGGCACCGCCCAUCACCUGCACGUCGACGCGAAGACGCGCAUCAUCUACCAGGGUGAGAAGCAUACGCCGCCCGCCGCGUACGCCAGCAGGAAUCGCCUUGCUCAUCUGCGCUCUCCCAGGCUUCACCGGACGGGCGGUAAACGUGACGUCCGCCUUGAUGCCAUGGACAACGUCGCCCCGCACGUCAGCGCCGUCUUCGUGCCCGCGCCCUUCGCCGCGGCAGCCAUCGUCGAGGCGGUCGAGGCCGAGGUGCCGCUCAUCGUCGCCGUGGCCGAGCACGUGCCGGUGCACGACCUUUUGCGCGUGCACGAGGUGCUGCGAACCCAGAGCCGCAGCCGACUGGUCGGGCCCAACAGCCCGGGCAUCAUCGCGCCAGAGCAAUGUCGCGUCGGCAUCAUGCCGUUUGCCCAGUAUCGCCGCGGCCGCGUCGGCAUCGUGAGCAAAUCGGGCACCUUGAGCUACGAGGCCGUCGGCGCAACGACGGCCGCCGGGCUCGGCCAAAGUCUUGUCCUCGCCGUGGGGGGCGACGCGAUGCCCGGAACGUCCAUUUCUGACGCCCUUGCCGUCUUCUUCGCCCAGCCCGAGACCGAAGGCAUCAUCGUCAUCGGCGAGAUUGGUGGGGAGCAGGAGCUGCGCGCAGCCGAGCUCAUUCGACGCUACCGCGCAUCGACGUCGCACCCAAAGCCCAUCGUUGCCAUGGUCGCUGGCCAGACGGCACCUCGGGGCAGGACCAUGGGCCAUGCCGGUGCCUUUCUGUCGCCACGGGACGCGACUGCCAAGGAAAAGGCGGCAGCGCUGGAGAGGGCCGGAGCCGUCAUCGUCCCUCACCCGGGCGUCAUGGGCGUCGUCAUGAAAGAGUUGCUGGCCACGACAUGUGCAGGCUGA